AUGUCGGAUACACAAGAGAGCCCCAGCGUCGAGGAUCUGACACCAGAGGAGGCAAAUCGCAUCAUCCAUUCGCAUCGCAAAGUGCGCUACGCCGUGGCCGUGUCUCACCCGCCAUGUGCUCCCCGUACAGAACCCGACACCACCGAGACGACGCGUUAUGUGGGCCAGAACAGCAUACCAGCCCUUCUUCGAGAACAAACCUCCGCCAACGAGCCCCAGGAGGUCAGCGGGAUCCGCCAAGACAUGCGCUCCCUACUCGGCCUGGACAACUCGGCGCCCUUCCCGCUGAUGUCCUCGCGCCAUCUCGACAGGUUGACCUUGGACAUUUCAUCCGAACUGCCGUCCGACCGGGAGGUGAUGAAGCUAUUCCGGACAUACAAGGAAAUUCCGCAACCGUUCUGGGGCUUCGUCAUCGACAUCGACGAUCUUGAAUCCCGCCUCAUGGUCUACCUCGAGGACCGAGCCAAGAAUGCCAGGUCGUCAACCAAAUCCACAAAGGCGGUAUCGGCCUCAUGGUUGUCGAUACUAUUCGCCGUCCUUGCCGUCGGCUCUCAGUACCACGACUCCCCUUACCAUGUGCGGACGAGGGACUCGCAAAAAUACAUUCAGAUAUCGUUCCACUUCUUGAGGAUUGGCAACUUUCUACUAAGGCCGAAUCUGGACUCCAUACAAGCCCUACUCAUGACCAGCUUCGUGCUGCUCAACGACAUGAAAGCCGAAGCCUCGUGGGCGCUCCUCGGCCUCACCUGCCGGCUUGCCCAAUCGCUCGGCCUGCACCGGGCCCAACCACUGGAUGGGCGGCAGACCCCAGAUGCUGCGCGAAAGGAGGUAGCCAGGAGAAAGCUAUGCGCGAACACCGAGGGAUGGGCGUACCUCGAAGCUAUGUUCAACCUAUGCCAGAUCAUCUCCCAAAGGUUAAAUCCCGAUACCAUCGCAGGCGCCACCUACGCCGAGAUCCUCGACAAUUGUGAGGCGGUUGAGAACAUCCGCAGCAAGCUGUCGAUUCAUCUGCGUAGCAAGGAGGCGUACAGCAACCAUCUCGAUGCGGCGCAGAAGCAGUUUCUCGCGGACAGGUGCAAGGCGAACCUGACCGAGACGGUGCGCAUGUUCCUCGCGAUGCACCAGCUGUCCGUAAUACCGACCCGCUCCUGGGCAUUCACCUACCACGGCCUGUCGUCGGCCGUUCUCUUGGGAAUUUUGGGCGAGACUAAAGCGGAUGCCGAGGUCCGACAGCUCCAAGGAGACCUCAUAUCCGCCCUCUCGGCGACGGCGGCCAAGGAGCAAACCUCGCCCCAUCCCAAUAUUCGCAAAUCGGACCUUGACAUCGAGCUGUCCGGUCCGUUGUCGCGAGCCCUCGCGGCGCUCAAGAACAUUUAUGAUCACGGGUCUGUCGUAGGCCCUCAAGUCAAAAGGGAGAGGAGCAUUUCUGGCACGGCGUCGGGCACACGCACACCACUGCCGCACAUACCGCCGGCCGGACUCCUCACUAGCGGCAGCAUGAUACAUGACCCGCGAUCGGUGCCUGUGAGCCUAGAUCCACACCAACACGCGGCGCUGGCCAUGACUGAGCUACAGCAGCAGAGCGGCGGCUCGGUGGCUGACUUUUCCGCUGGCAUUCCCUUUUCCCAGAUGCCCCCUAGCUCUAGUGCGCAGCAACUCCCCGAAAUGGCAUUCGAUCCAGCGAGCUACAUGUCACCGAUGGAUCUGUAUGAUUCCAUCUUUUGGGCCAAGAAUCUUGUCGCUACUCUCCCACGUCCCUUUAGCAAGUUGACCGAGUUCGAGCACGUCCCACUCUUCGACAUUGAGUCCUUUGUCAACCGGUCCGUCAAAACCCGGCAAAUGGAAGCCAAAAGUCGCCGGUCGAAAAUCCCGCGGCCUAUGAACGGCUUUUUGCUCUACCGCAAAUGUUACCUGGGACGCGCCAGGGCCUUUUGCAAAAGGCUCUCUGUGAACCAGCAAAGUUACUCUUCUGUUCUCGGGGCGAGUUGGAACCUGGAGACAAAGGAAGUUCGGGAGAGAUUUUUUACCUUGUCACGCUCUGAGAAGCAGAUGCAUCAGGAAGCUUUCCCUCAGUGGAGGUACCGUCUGGAAAGGCGGAAGCAGGCGAUUUGGGAAGACGGACACUGGGUAUGCCCCCCGGCCUGGGCCCUCAAGUCCGUUGUCCAACACGGAAAGGAACAUAUGCCCACUUCCUAUGGCCCAGUCGUUAGGGAGAACAACUCCAGCCCUGGGCGGGACGUGCCAGUGUCCCAAAUGCACGAGCCCCAGUCCCCGCCGACAGUCCACCCUGAGCAUGAUGAUGAGCCACAUGCGGAUGCGCCUCCCCAACCCGCUACUUUUCCUCCUGACAACGCCCCAAACAGGGACCCCCUCACAGAUGCUACCACCAGAGUCCAAUCUGGGCAUGGUGGCGAGGUGGAUGCGGAUGCACACCCCCUCCCGGCUACGUGUACUUCUCCUCCUAGCAACGCCCCAAACUUGGACCACCUCACAGAUGCUACCACCAGCAUCGGUGACAUUGAUCUUGCGCUGUUAUUCCCCGAACUAGCAAACAAUGACCCGAAACUCGAUGAGUAUUUGACCUUCCUCCUUACAUCAGAGGCGUCCCCACCAGAUUGGCUGGGGGAGCUGGAGAGACUCUCGCCGCUUGUCACGCUAGUUUGA